GAAGAGUCUGCCGCGAGGUGAAAGGUUAGGCCGUUGACUAGGACCGGAUGUAAUAAAAGGGGGAAGCUGGGAGCGACGCGGGAAUGAAAGGUUCACCCGAGUGGACAGUGACAUAUGGGGACUGAAAAUGAAUCUCUUCCACUGGAAAAUGCUUCUAUUCUAUCUGAAAGCUCCUCACAAGAGGGACAUCGACUCUGGAUUGGCAAUCUUGAUUCCAGGUUAACUGAAUACAACCUUCUAAAGCUACUCCAGAAAUUUGGAAAAGUGAAGCAAUUUGACUUCCUUUUUCACAAAUCGGGUCCGCUUGAGGGGCAACCUAGAGGCUACUGCUUUGUCAACUUUGAGACAAAAGAGGAAGCUGAACGCGCCAUUCAGUGCUUAAAUGGCAAACUUGCGCUCUCCAAGAAACUGGUAGUGCGUUGGGCUCAUGCACAAGUGAAGAGAUAUGAUCAAUAUAAAAAUGACAAGAUUCUUCCAAUAAGUCUGGAGCCUUCCUCAAGCACUGAGCCAGUGCAGUCCAACCUGAGCAUUAGUGCAAAAAUAAAAGCAAUUGAAACCAAGCUUAAAAUGAUGGCUGAAAACCCAGAUGUGGAGUAUACAGGGCCCCCAACUUACUCAUACAAUAAACCCACAGACAAAGUACCUGGCAACAAAUCACGAACUGCUCCCUAUUCUAGACUUGUUCGGAAAUCCAAGCAAUGACUAACACCAUGAGUACUUCAGAGUCUUUCUUAUCAGAUUUCUUUAUAUGAUAUUCAGUGGAACUGUAAAAUCCAAUAAUUACUGCACAGUGACUUGGUAUGAUAUGAUUUAUUUUUCUAAACAAAAUUUAAAAUUUAAGCUGUUGGUCUUUAAAGCAUAUGGUUCAAAUGUAUGCCAGCAGAGUAAUUAGCAGUGCUGAGCUCAUCAACCUUUCAUCCUAGAAAGCUGAUUUCUAAUGUGAGUGUCAAUUUUGGCCAUGCUAAUUAAAACUGAGACCAUGACUUUGACUGUGACUGAAAUAAGGCUGUUACUUAAAUAAUGGUCUCAACUAUUUCUUGCAAUUUUGUGGUGCAAGGGUAUUUUGCUGUGGUUUAUCAUGUAAGUUGCAUCCAUAAUCUUGCAGUUCUCGACUGAACUAAGGUUUGCUGGUAAAAUCCCUGGAUUAUAUGGUGACAUUUCCCUUUCUGUUUGCUUGCAAAUUUAGAAUAAGAAUGCAAAUGUAGUUGCAGAUUUGAUGGCAAUAUACAUCAUGGAAAGUCUGGCAAAUGAAAUAAAAGUUUUAUACGGAAUGUGUAGUUACAAUCGAACACGCAAUUCAAUUUAAGAUGAUAUUUCCAAAAUAAUAUGUUCUGGCUAUUUUUUCCACAAGUCAAUUUUUUGUUCUAAUGUGACAAUGCUAAACAUUCAACUGUCAGGUCACAUGUUACACCUUGUAAAUGGCCAUAUUAAAGUUUCUUUUUAAGUACGAAUUGGUAAUGAUCCAAUUACAGAAAUGGUAAAAUAUCAUGAAAUUAAAUGUAAUUAAGUAAACUCUCAUGGUACUUAGCUAACGUAAGCCUUGGAAGUCAAAAUUCCUGGUAUUGCGCAACUGAUCUUUUUAUAAUUAUUCAUGAAUGGGAUGUGGGCAUCACUGGCAAGGUAAGCAUUUAUUGCACAUCGUGUUCAUUGUCAUUGGCAAUGCUGUGGAUUUGGAGUUACAUGUAGACCAGAAUAAAGGGCAUUGAACCGGGUGGAUUUUUAAGACAAGCGACGGUGGCUAUAUCAUUGCCAUUUGGCAAGUUUUUUUUUUAUUCAGUGCAUUUUAUUGAAUUCAGAUUUUGCCAUGUGUCAUGGAGUCUGAAUGGAUAUCCCCAGACAUUCGACUGGAUUGCAAGACCAAUGACAUUACCACUACACUGCCUAUUCUGAAUCAUGAUAGAUCCAACAUAAUCUUUACAAAUAAAGCAACUUUAUCUUCCGUGAUCCUGUCAACCAUUUUUUUUUUAUUCAUUAUUCACAAUCUUGUGGAUUGGGGUUGGCAGAUAUAGCAUGUGACAGACCUCACUGAAGAAUAAGUGAAAAAUACUUUCUUUUUUAAAUAAGACAAGACCUAUUGUAUUUUUAAAGAUAUCCAUACCUUUCUAGUGAAGACCUUGAUCUGGCAUAUACUUGCUGAGGACGUGAAUUGUAACAGUAUGGGUUUUGGGGAUUGUGAAAUGCACUGCUUGCUGCAUGUAAUGAGAGGUUUAUCAUCCGAUGCACUAAUCUCCAUCCCAUACCAGAAAGACAUUAAAGCAAUUUUGAUCCUUUGUCACAAAAUAUUUGCCACACAGUGACCUAAACAUAUCAGUCAUGUACUGCAAUGUGUGAAUGUGGAUUUGUAAAUAUUUACAGAAAUUGAUACUAUUACUUCAAGCAGCCUUGGAAUUAAAUUGGUUAAUAUUAUGGGGUUGAAGUGCAGAUUUUGUUUUAGCUAGCCAGAUGUCUUUAGCACUAUGACCCAGCUUUUUGAAGACUGAGUCUCUUAUUUUUAGCCAAGCCACUAAAUUGAUCUCAGGAACUGACUGGCUUUUUCCUCAUGUAAACCACCCAAAGUGGUAAAAUUGCUUCCUUUUUUUGCAAUCCUUGGUAUACAAAUUAGGCCCAAAGUGACUGGAUGUUCCUAAUCACAAUGGGUCGAGUCCUAUAGGUUGGGUAAGGGGCCAAUUCUUAACCCGGUUUUUACUUGUACAUUGAAGAGUCAUCCCUGGAACAAAUCAUGCUUUGAAUUAGAAACUGUAUAUAUUUUAUGACUAAGCCCCUUUUAAAGACGUUGUCUGUGUAUAAUGGAAAAAUGUUAAUGUCAUUCUUUGUGUAAAAUUUAUUAUUUAUGACUUGUAAUGAAAAAUAUUUUAGGUAAACGUAUUAAACUUUGAGUUGCUCAACAUUGAAGAGUAAAUGGAAUGUAUUAGUUGUUUUUCUUUCUAGAUUUUGUCUGGU